AUCAAAACAAUCAUUUCGACUGCCAUCAGACUCGCUCACCACGCGUUUCCCUUGUUCCUUUCGAAGUAUUCUUUAUUUUAUUUUUGAAAAUGGUGUUCAACUAUUGAAAAUUGUAAAAAUAUCGCGAGUGUUACCUAAAAUUGUGCGGAAUAUAAUUAAACCGUUUUUACCGCCAGCAAACAUGGAUUUCGCCAAAAAUAUUCUCCACAAGUACGGUUGGAGAGAAGGUGAUGGCCUGGGCAAGAACUCGGACGGCAUCGUGAAGCCCAUCAAAGCAAACUUCAAGUUCAACAACUCCGGUCUCGGCACAGAUCAGGCCAAGGAUCACACGAACCGCUGGUGGGAGCGAGUGUUCGACGAAGCGGCCAACAAUCUGGACGUCGGUCCGGCGGGGAAGAUUCGUCAGAAAGAGCACGAUGCGGUUGAGAUUUCCGCCAACAGUUACUCGGUGAAGAAGCUCAAGCAGAAGACGGCCGACGGGAAGGCAAAUUACGGCGGAUUCCUGAAGGCUUCGAGGCUGCUGACGGCCGUCGGGCGGGAAGAGGAGCUGGAGGGACACGUCAAGACCGAGGACAUCGAGUUCAAGCCGACGAAGGUGCUGACGGACGAGGAACUGUUUGCGGCCUGCGGAGGUCGGACGGCGCACAAGGGAGCUCGUCACGGGUUGAAACUGUCGGGGAAGUUGGCCCGGAUUGAGGCGCAAAACAGCAAACUGCUCCAGGAGCUGGAAUCCAAAUCGUUCGAAAAGGUCAUCCAAAGCAACGAUUGGCAGCAGGUGCAGAAGAAGAAAAAGUCAAAGAAAAAGAAACACGACCAGGAGAAGUGGAACGAGCGGCAUGGCGCCGAGGAGGAGGAUGAAUGUAAGGACAUGGUCCACCAUGCAGAUUACGUCGUAAAGAAAAACAAGAAAAAAACAAAGGCUGACCGACGGCUGGAAGCUGACCUGGCGGACGAGCUGGACACGUCCAUGGGAUUCUUCGAGAAGCUGGAGGAAGACGACGGAACCGUGCCCGACCCGGGCCCAAGCAUCGAAGAGGAGGUCGACGUGCUGAACGAAAAAAUCAUGCAACUCGAUUACAAACUGUUUAGCAAGCAGGAUGAAAAGGACGCUAAAUUGAAACGGCUUGACUCCAACUCGGUGCGGAUCAAAAAGAAAAGCAAAAAGAACAGAAAGCAAAAGCAGCCCCAACCCUCCGCGCCACCCCUAGAAGACGACGAUGCGAUGGACCCGCAGGCGCCGCACCGCAAAGACUACAAACCGGAGCAGAAGCGCAACAACAAGCUGCUGCGCGAAACGGUCGAGCACGAGUUCAAAACGGUCAAGCUGGUGAAGCCCAAAAAACUGCUCAAAUCCGACAGCGAGGCGUCGGACAGUGCCGACGAGCAGGACGUCGUCGAGCGCAUUAACAAGGAACGGCUCAAGCUGCAGUCGAAACUGCCCAAAAUCAAGGUCACCGAGGUGGUCGAGGACGGGGACGAGCCGGACCAGCAGCAGGAUCAGGUCGAGCGCGCGCUCGCGGAAUCGUUCAAGGAGAAGCACCGGUACCAGGCAAAACGCAUCGGCAAGCACAGCGUCAAGCGCAAGAAGAGCAAAAAAGAGAAACGUGCUUACAGUCAGUUGACCAAAAAGUUGGAGAAAACUUUGUGAAGUUUGAGCUGGAAGGGUGGCGUGAAAAUGAAAGCAAUCUUGGAGUAAAGCCUUCAGUUUUUGUUCCCUUGCGUGCAGAGGGAAACUGCACUGUUCAUGCGUCUUUAUAAUGAAUUAUAAAAUUAUAUCUUUGCAUUAGUUGUGCUAUAUUGCCGUAUAGGUUUUUAAUCUGUUUAAUAAAAUAAUGAAUUGUAAA